AUGUCUCAGAAUACACAAAAUCCCGAUGAGGCCUCCCGAGAUUCGUCAGCACCAGCCGACUCCAAGAUCGACCACGCCGCUUCCAUCAGGUACUGGAGCAGUCUUCCGAGCACCACUAGCAAUAUGUUAGGCAUGCUUGGCACCUAUCCAUGGUAUUCGCGCAUUGAAUUGCAAGGUUCCAAGAACUUCUUGAGCAAAGUUCGCCGCCUUGUACCUGCGCUCCAAACAGAUGGCAAGUUCAGCCUCGGAGUCGAUUGUGGUGCAGGCGUUGGACGCGUCACUGAGGGCUUUCUGCGUCACGUUUGCACGGUGGUAGACGCGGUAGAGCCGGUGCAAAAGUUCACUCAAGUCCUCGAGGACGGGCAACUCAAGAAAGAUGGUGUCAUCGGAGACAUCUUUACCCUCGGCCUUGAGGAUUGGUCUCCGGAGAAGAAAUAUGACUUGAUCUGGACCCAAUGGUGUGUGGGUCAUCUCACAGAUUCACAGUUGAUUCAGUACGUGUCACGAUGCCGUGAUUCAUUGACAGAGAGCGGAAUCAUGGUGAUCAAAGAAAACCUAUCCACCGACGCUGGCGAUCAAGACAUGUACGACGAUGAGGACAGCAGCGUGACAAGGACAGAUGCGAAAUUCAAGCAGAUCUUUGACCAGGCUGGAAUGAACGUGAUAAAGUCGGAGAUUCAGACCGGAUUUCCCAAACAAUUCAAACUCCUUCCUGUCAAGUCUUACGCGUUACGGCCGAAAAUAUGA